CGUUUUGUUUCUUGGUUUGCAGGCAGGCCCAGUCAUUAAAGUAAAGAUCCCGAAGGACAGGGAUGGGAAACCAAAACAGUUUGCAUUUGUGAAUUUCAAACAUGAAGAAUCUGUUCCCUAUGGCAUGAGUCUGCUUCAUGGGAUCAAACUUUUUGGGAGACCGCUCAAAAUUCAGUUCCGAUCAGGGAGCAGUCAUGCAUCUCAAGAGGUCACCUCACCCUGUGCCCCACAUGGAUUUGCAAACGGAAACCCCUCCAGCCCACAGCUUCUGGCAGCAGCACACAGCAACAGGUUUGAGAGGAACACAGAGAACAUGUCAGCUGGCCAGAGAUCAUUCUCCUCUUUGGACAACCAUCAAUCAAAGGCUAUGAUGACUUCGGCCUGGCAGCAGGUCCCAUCGUACGGCGGAAGGCACAACUCUCCGCUUCCCGAGUCUUUGCCUGCAGGCCAGCAGGGUUACUCCUCCCCCUGGUCCUCAGCCUCCCCAGCACACUGGCGCUUGGAGCCUCCCCGCAAGGGCAGGGCCAGCUCCCACCCGUACCAGUCUGGCCACAGGCACCACGGCCAGGAGCAGAGGCGGCUUGCGGACUGCGGUUCCAAUUACUCCUUCCGGGGGAGCCGGGAAGACCAUUACCAUGACGACAGGAAGUAUGGAGGCUGGAGCUGAAUCAUGGCAGCCGGAGUUACCGCGAUGGGGGAUGGCGCUCCGCCCGCCACUCGCAAGUAUUUGGAGCGGAUUUUACGUACAUUUCUUCCUGUUGGUUCUUUCCCUUUUUAAAGCUUCCUUUCUUCCCUUUACGGAGAGCUUGUAGGCGAUAACUUCACAAGUUACCUUUUUAAAAAGAAAAAAAAAAGUUUUAUAUAUCUAUCAUCUGCAGUAUGUAUUUUGAGAGAAAAGAAUUUUUGAAUUGUAUUAACUUCCCCUCAGGGUUUAGACAAAGAGAGAAAAAACAAGUGCCACACUUUUAAACGGAUAAAGAAAAGAAGACAUUGUGUUUAUUUUAUAAGGAAAAAAAAAGUUCUGCUGCUUUGGUUUUAUUUUAAAACCAACGUUGGUAUUUUUAUAGCAAGAGCCCCUGAGGCGGUUCUGGUGUUGCUCAGAAAAGGGCCGGGAAGAAGAAAGUUUGGUGGCCGUUGACAAUUUGGGUAACAGUGUUUUGCUGCGGGAAUGAAGUUACUGAAUAUUCGUUGUAUUAAGUGUUUCGCCUGGUGAGAUCUACAAAGAGAGUAGAUUUGCCCAAGAAUUUGAUCACCUGUAAUGAAGGAUGUGUGUUCUUUACACUGACAGUCUCAUUGGGGGGUUUUUAGCUGAUCUGAUCUGGUGGUUUUUAUAUCAAGGAAACCCUGCAGUAUCUUAAGUGAUUGCCACUUCUCAGGAAAUUAUUGCAUGCUUCUGCCUCACGUGGAGAAAAAUUCAGAUUGUUUUGCAAACACUUUCAAAAUUAGAAAUUUCUGAUUUAGGUUAAAUUAGAAAAUCAAUAUUCAAAUGAAACGAGAAAGAGGUAAGUAUUGAUGAGAAUAUGCGCCCAUUGCAAGCUUGUAAUGAAAGAUUUCAUCAUAAAAUGACUGGUUCCUGAUGAGAGCUCAAAAUGCUUAGUAAUUGGAGAGUGAAAUCUUGCUUUUCAGUCCCCCGGGUGGGCUACAAUCUUCACGCUUCCCCCUCCCUCCCUGGCUAAAAUGCCAUCACUGCAUGCAACUCUUACUUCUUUGUAUUCUGAGAAAUCCUGAUUUGGCACAAGUGUUUGCCUGGGAGCACUUUUAAUGGUAAGAAACUAGCAGGCCUAGCUUUCACUUGGCUUCCGGGUGCAUCUCCGGUGCUUCCUUUAAACAUUAGCCAUUGGGACUGGUAAUUAAGUGUUUGUGUUUUCUGGGCACACGUAAAACACACGGAUUGUGUUUCAAAUGGCUGCUUUGAGUAAAAUUAGUACCCAGUAUUUGCAAUUGGCAUACGUUUCACUUGGAGCCAUGUGAUUUUAGGGAAGAAGCAGCCGUUUUAACCGGGUUCAUCCUCAUCUCUUCCCUACUACUACAGUCCCAAGAUGACUAUUAU